GAAUUAGAAUUCUCGGAGCUCGUGAAGGAAGCAUGAUUUAUAGCAAAACAUUGACAUUGUGUGCUUUUUUGAAGUAAAGUGUCAUUUUGCAUUGGAAAUAUAAUCGUCGAUUUAGAUUCAAGUUUUUAUUUGGCCGAAUGUACAAAGUAGUCUGAAACCGUGAAAUAGAUCUUAGAGGUAAAAAUUGUAUUCGGUAAGUGAAAAGUGGGCGUUGAGAGCAUUUCCGCGUCUUUCUACGUGUUGUGAAUCGUGAUACUAUUUACGUCAACUCCACAGUCCUUCGGCUACGUGGUGCGUUAAUGACGUACGUCCUUUACGUAAAGUAAUAUCUGUCUGUCAAAGGGCAUUUAAAUGGCUACAGUGUGCAGAAGUGUAUAGCUACAGUCUGCGGUACAGCACUGAAACACUUCUGUUCGGGUUUAAUUCACCUUCCGGCUCUGUAAAUGACCUGUUUUAACUAGCUUUUAAUAGCAGAUCGCUCGUUUUAGACAGACAAAAACGUUCAGCUCGGUUUAUAACACGUAAAAAUGAACGAGGAAGAAGAGGCUGUGCAGAAAACAAGGCUGUCGUUUGAAGAUCUGUGUCGAGCCCUGAAUAUGGACGAGGAGGCGAGUAACGGGGCAUGGAGGAGCUACGAAAAUAUCAGCAAAAACUACACUUUAGAGGGUAGUGAACUUCACUGGUUGGCCUGUGCCCUUUAUGUGGCCUGCAGGACGUCUGUGCCCACUGUUAGUAAAGGCACAGCUGAAGGCAAUUAUGUGUCCCUCACACGGAUUCUCCGCUCUUCAGAACAGAGUUUGAUCGAGUUUUUCAGCAAAAUGCAGAAAUGGCAGGAUAUGGCCAACCUGCCAAAGGAAUUCCGGCAAAGCACAGAAAAGCUGGAGAGGAACUUCACUGUGACAGCUGUCAUUUUUAAGAAAUACGUCCCCAUAUUUAGGGACAUAUUUAAACCCCCUUCUGAUGAACCGCCCAGAACACACAGAAGCAGGAAACAAAAACGACAUCCCUGCACUGUGGCUGAGCUCUUCCAUUUCUGCUGGGUCCUGUUCGUGCAUGCAAAAGGAAACUUCCCUAUGAUCAGUGACGACCUUGUGAACUCUUAUCACCUGUUGCUGUGUGCACUUGACCUGGUUUACUCCAACUCUCUGUUGUGCUCCAGCCGUAAAGAUCUACUCAACCCCAACUUCAAAGGCCUUUCAGAGGAUUUUAGCAGUAAGGACUAUAAACCAGGCACCAGCUCACUUUGCUUCAUAGAGCAGCUGUGUGAACUGCAUCAUGGUGUGGUGCUCGAUGCUAAAGGGGUAAAGGAACACUUCUGGAAGCCCUUCAUCAAGAAACUCUUUGAACGCAAGAUUUUAAAGGGAAAGGAGGAGACGCUGACAGGAUUCCUGGAUCCUAUUCAUUUUGGAGACAGUCUUGCUUCUCUGAACCGGGCAUAUGAGGAGCAUGUUCUGUCAUCAGGUGCUCUAGAUGAGAGGAUAUUUCUGGGUGACGGAAACAAAGAGGACAUUGGUACACCAGGACCAUAUCUGUGUGAGGGGACAGAGAACCAGGACAGACCUCCCAGCAUUCUGCACAAAUCCCUCACUGCAUCAGCUCUAAAAGUGUCGACUCCACUGACGGGGAGGACGUACUUACAGGACAGUGCUUUUGGAACACCAGUGUCCACUGCAAUGGAAGGCAUCGCACGUCUGCACAGUCUACUGUCAGGACUCAAACACAGGCCGAGCCUGAGACUGAGAGACAUGCUGAAGGCCUGUGCAAGAAACCCCAGUGAAGCUAUAGCAUCCAGACUGAGAGAGAUGUCCGAGGUGUUCCUUCAGAGCUACGAAGCCAAGGGAGAGGAAAACCAAGGCCUAGCAAGAGAUAUUGCUGUAAAAUACUUUUGCCUAGCUGAGGCACUGUAUUAUAAAACACUGGAGGGCAUCAUUGACCAGGAGAAGAGGAGACUGGGUGACAAUGACCUCUCUUCUAUUCUAGAGCAGGACAUAUUCCAUCGUUCACUGAUAGCCUGUUGUCUAGAGAUUGUCAUCUUCUCUUACCAUCCACCUGGUGAGUUCCAGUGGGUUCUACAGACCUUUGACAUUCCCCCUUACCACUUUUAUAAGGUGAUCGAGGUGCUGGUUCGGGCGGAAGAAGGUCUCGUCAGGGAGGUGGUGAAGCAUCUGAACCAUGUGGAGGAGCAGGUGCUGGAGAGCCUGGCCUGGAAAGAGAGUUCCCCACUCUGGGAGAGCAUUAAAGGGGCCAAAAACCAUGUGCCUUCCUGUCAGGAGGUCAUUCCUCCUCAGUACCUAGAGGAUGGAUCUGGCAACCUUCACACCCCUAAAACUAAUGAGAUCAGUGCUAAUACUGCAGGAUCAGGAAAAGGAGUGGCCUCCGCUUCCACAACUCUCCAUGAACGCUACAGUACCCCACCCACAGGUACAGCACGCAGGCGCCUCUUUGUGGAUUCGGAGAUGACCUCUGACCCUCCUGCAUCAACGCGGGUCAGCCAGCCCUCAUUGGUCAGCACUAUACCACCAGGCCAGACCGUGGUCACUAUGGCAACAGCUACUGUUACUGCUAACAAUGGACAGACCGUUACAAUACCUGUGCAAGGGAUAGCCAAUGAGAAUGGGGGCAUCACUUUUAUCCCGGUGCAAGUGAGCGUGACGGGGCAGAGUGGACCAGGACUACAGCCUCUUACCGCCCAGGCUCUGACUGGCUCACUGAACACCCAACAGCUGACGACCACCAUGCCUGCUGGCACUACUCACACCAGCCCUACAGCCAGCAAGCAGGCCAAGAUGAGCCCUCAGCAGGGGACACCAAACAGAGUGCAGAGAACAGGCUCCCUCUGUCUGUUCUUCCGCAAGGUGUACCACCUGGCCAGCGUACGUCUCCGAGACCUGUGUGUGAAGCUGGACAUCAGUACAGAUCUGCGCAGGAAGAUCUGGACCUGCUUUGAGUAUUCGCUGGUACACUGCACAGAGCUCAUGAUGAAUCGCCACCUCGACCAGCUGCUCAUGUGUGCCAUCUAUGUCAUAGCUAAGGUGACUAAAGAGGAUAAAUCCUUCCAGAACAUCAUGAAGUGUUACAGAUCUCAACCUCAGGCCAGCAGCAGUGUUUACAGGACUGUUCUGAUAUCAGGACGAAAGACAGACCACUCAGGCAACAGUGACAACAUCAGACAGAACUCUCCAUCCGAUGGAGGGCCUAAACAAGCAACGAGCGGAAACAGCAGUCCCGUGUCGAUGCGCUCCAGUAGCACACUGCCUGUUCCUCAACCCAGCAGUGCUUCCUCUACACCCACUCGCACACCCGGCGUAUUGCCAGAGCAGGAGGAGGAGGAGGAGCAGGGGGAUCUCAUUUGUUUCUACAACCAAGUCUACAUCAAACAGAUCAAACUGUUUGCACUGCGCUACUCCUCCAGCUCUCCUAAAGCAGGGGUAGAGACCCCACCUCUGUGUCCAUAUCCUUCACUCCGAAUUGGUUCACCGCGCAGAGUCCUCCUUUCUCACAACCACUCCAUCUACAUCUCUCCCCAUAAGUCUGAAAGUCCACUGACCCCCAGAGACAAAAUCUUCUAUUAUGUCAGCUCAAGUCCCUCAAAUCGGCUGCGGGAGAUUAACAGUAUGCUCCGAACUGGAGAGACGCCCACUAAGAAGCGCAGCAUGGCCCUGGAGGAGGAGCAGCAGUCUCCUGCUAAGAGAUUGUGCCAGGAGAACCACAGCGCUUUCUUCCGCCGCCUGCAGGAUGUCGCCAAUGACCGCAACAACUCCCAUUAAAGCAAACAGCACCAUAUCGCCCACGUAUAAAGAUAAUGUAUCAAAAUAAAUUUCAGGAAAUGUCCAGUGCAAGAAAGUGCACACAGUCAUACGCCAACACUUGAGCAUGAGCAUGGUACAGAUACCAACACAGUGCAAGAAAACUUACAUUUAUCCAAAAGCUUCUUCUGCACUAAGAGCUUUUGGCUUCCAAAUACAAGCAGAUCAUUUCCUCUAUAUUAAUGUACCAAUUAUCAGCUUUUUUUAAUACCAUUUACAAAGUACACAAAUGCCUACAAAUGUAGGUGUUUAUAAUUUGAUACCUUUUUGAAUCUAACUAAAUAUCAAUGCUUUAGAUAAGUUUCAUAUCAAAUGUUUUAAAAAAAAAGAUUAUGUACUUAAUAAUGGAUUUGUGAGCAAAUCUUGCCUUGCGUUUGACAUUUUUCUGGCUUUUAAGAAAAGAAUAUUUUCAUAAAAGAAAAAUUUAUUAUGUAUAGUGACAACAGUUCCUGGUUUCUUAAUUUAUUAAGAAAUGAUUGUGAACUCUUUUAUAUAUCCUGAAGCAGUGUUGUUUUUUUUUCUGUGUAUUUGUGAUUUCUAUAGCUAAUAUAUUUAUGCCAUUUUUCUAACUUUAGUUAGAGAGAUAUCAGUUAGAGACAACUGACAUUUUAAUAGAAUAAACAUUUUAAUGUAAUAUUUAUUAUUCCUUUGUGCUGCAUGUACAUGAUAACUGUUCUGUACCCUUAUCAUUUAUUUUCUUACAUUUAUUCUGUCAUUUUUAGUGAUAAAUAUGUUUUUGCUUGGUCUAAAAUGUGGCAUCACUGCAAUGUGUGUAUUGUUAAAGGACAGUCCCAUUUCUAGUAAGUGCCUUUUCUAUUUUUGACAUUCAUGGACUUUGUAUGUACAGCUAAAAUAGAGCUGAUGUUAGAUGUUCACUCACCUGUCAUUAAUUAAAUUAAAGGAACCACACUGACUCAUGAA